CACAAGUCACAAGUACAAGUGGAAUAUAACUUUUUUAGUUAAAAAAAUUUACUCAAUAACAUAUUAAAGAUUCAGUUAAAAUGAACCAGGAUUUGGAUAAUUUAGCCUUCAGUGAACAUCAGAGCAAAGACACAGAGAAAGAUGUUUUUGUUAUUGAAUUACCUCAUGUUGAGCAGGUAGGAAAUUGGGAUUGCGGACUUGCAUGCAUUCAAAUGGUUUUAUCAAAUGACCUAGCUCAACAGUUGUGUCAAAACUUAAGUUCAAUUUGCCCAGAUGAAUACCAAAACAAAAGUACGUGGACUAUUGACCUUUGCUACAUUUUAAAUCACUUCUCUAUGAAGAUCAAGUAUUACACCAAAACCUUAGGUGUCAAUCCUAGUUUUUCAAAGGAAAAGUUCUAUGACAGUUACAUUCUGAAGGAUGAAGAAAGAGUUAACCAAAGAUUCCAAGAAGCAGCAUCUAAAGGCAUUUCAAUUGACACAGGUUCCUUGGAAAUCAAUGAAUUAAUACAUCACAUAAAACAGAAUGGAGUUGCUAUUGCACUAGUAGAUGUAAAUCAACUAGAGUGUGUUUCUUGCAAAUCUUUAGUCAACAACAUUGGGAAUUUUGUUAGAACAUUAUUUAAUGCUCAGCUUUCUUUCAAUGGUCACUACAUAGUCAUUUGUGGAUUUGACACAAAGAAAAAGCUCAUAUACUACAGAGAUCCAGCAGUCAAAAGCGGUAUAGUACUUUUUAACAGCAUAAGAUCUCCUUUUAUAACAAGUUGCCGUAAUAUCACCUCUAAAUUUUUCAUUACUACAGAACUGUGCUGCCUAACAUUUUCUUCCUUUGAGAGAACGAGACAAGCUCAUGGCACUGACGAAGAUAUCAUCUUGAUAUACCGCUAACUGUGCGAUUAACACAAUUUUUGGUCCCACGUUGUAAGCUCGAUAUCACUACCCUUUAAAAAUAUCCUGCCAUACCAUAGUUUUGGUGAGUGAUAUUUUCUCGCACAAUUUGUGGUUUAAAGUCUGGCUGGAUGGCGCGUUCCAAGGAACGGCUGUAAAGAUCCAAUCGUUGCGUCAUCUGUAAAUACAAUUUUUUUUUUAAUGUC